AGAACAACUGCUCAAGGUUUCAACCGGGCGGAACAACAACAUCCGCUAACGUCACUUCCGCUGACUGCUUGUCAAACAUGGCGCUCCUUCUAAGGACGUUGGCCCGCCAGGGUGUAUGUCUCUCCAGACCACAUUAUGGUGUUCUCUACAGACAUGCUGCUCCAAUGGGAACCACAGCUAAGGACGAGAUGAACAAGUUCUGGGCUAAAAAUGCCAAAUUAAACAGACCUAUGUCUCCUCAUCUCACCAUUUACAAAUGGUCCGUCCCCAUGAUGAUGUCCGUCACACACAGAGGAACUGGAGUGGGACUCAGUGGAGCUAUCUCAGCCUUUGCCUUGGCAGCGCUGGUAUUGCCGGGGAAUUACCCCUACUACCUGGACUUGAUCCAUUCGUUAUCCGUUGGCCCCUAUCUCAUUGGGUUGGCUAAGUUUGGCAUCACCUUCCCUGUAUCUUUCCACACCUAUAACGGCAUCCGCCACUUGUGGUGGGACAUUGGCAAAGGCUUCAGGAUCCCAGAGGUCUACCGCACCGGCUACACAGUUAUUGCUCUGUCCGUCAUCACCUCCAUAGCAGUUGCUCUCCUCUGAGCUGACAACAACAAGAGAUGAGCAGGAAGGAAAGAGGAGGAGAGAGUCGAAGGGAAUGUGGACUGGAUUCACUGUGGGAGUUUUGUGUAUAUGUUCUGUUCCGGCCUACUGAAGGCCCCAUUUCAUCAAAGUAUUAAAUAAAGGAUUAUAUUAUGCUGUAUGCAGAAAA